AUGUUGACGAGUAAGCAGGUGGAUAAUCUGGUAGUGGCCGGGGAGGAUCUUCUCCUAGUGACUCAGUACGUGGUUACUUCAUUUGACUUUGAUGGUUUGUAUGUUGAUGCUACUACGCCAUAUGACUUCACCGCGAAACGCGGCUUUCCGAGUGUGACUGUUGAUUUUGAUGUUCAUAAAUAUGACCCUGAGGAUGGGGAACUCAAGUAUGUGGAAGGUUCUUUGGGUGGUUGGGCUCUUUUUGUUGGCCUCCACAGCCAUGCAGUUGCGUUGCCCGCGGCCGACUUCCCCGAGCUCAAACCCAAUUCCAUUUACUUCACGGAUGCAAAGUUAGAUGCGUCGAUUGAGGAGUAUAAAGAUUGCCUAACUGGGGGCCAUGACAUUGGCAUUUUCAAUUAUGAGAACAAGACUGUGUCGCCAUGCUAUUUUCCAUGUGAUGCUCAGAACCUCAGGAAGACUUACCCAGGGCCUAUGUGCGCAAUUUCGAUUGCGUUGGCAGUUGGAUUGGUCACGGGAUUGCCUGAGUUUUGGAUAUUCUUAGGAGAGGCCAAUGCAACUAAUAUUGCUCCGGCACUACCAUAUGUGUCGGUUUUGAUUUCAGGUCCGCCAAUAAAAGGAUCCUGGGGAAUUGUUGAGGCUAUCCAGCAAGGCAAAACAUUGAUAGCUGGAGCUGAGGUCUUCCUGGGGCAUUGGGUAAUUUUCUGCAGUGUUGAAAAGGAUGUGGUCGAUGGCUUUCCAAAUGAACUGCCAGAAGAAUAUAAAAAUAUGUCAUUACUAAAGGGGAGAGCUACUAUGGAUAUGAGGGUCAAGGUCAAGGACAACCCUAACCCGGAUGAAUGCGUAUUUCGCUUAGUGUUGGAUGGCUAUGAUCCAAAGUGGUACAUGCUUGAAGAGAUAAUAUGUACGAAGAAGUUGAUGUUGACGAGUAAACAGGUGGAUAAUCUGGUAGUGGCCGGGGAGGAUCUUCUCCUAGUGACUCAGUACGUGGUUACUUCAUUUGACUUUGAUGGUUUGUAUGUUGAUGCUACUACGCCAUAUGACUUCACCGCGAAACGCGGCUUUCCGAGUGUGACUGUUGAUUUUGAUGUUCAUAAAUAUGACCCUGAGGAUGGGGAACUCAAGUAUGUGGAAGGUUCUUUGGGUGGUUGGGCUCUUUUUGUUGGCCUCCACAGCCAUGCAGUUGCGUUGCCCGCGGCCGACUUCCCCGAGCUCAAACCCAAUUCCAUUUACUUCACGGAUGCAAAGUUAGAUGCGUCGAUUGAGGAGUAUAAAGAUUGCCUAACUGGGGGCCAUGACAUUGGCAUUUUCAAUUAUGAGAACAAGACUGUGUCGCCAUGCUAUUUUCCAUGUGAUGCUCAGAACCUCAGGAAGACUUACCCAGGGCCUAUGUGGUUCUUCCCAAGUCUUGGAUUGGUCACGGGAUUGCCUGAGUUUUGGAUAUUCUUAGGAGAGGCCAAUGCAACUAAUAUUGCUCCGGCACUACCAUAUGUGUCGGUUUUGAUUUCAGGUCCGCCAAUAAAAGGAUCCUGGGGAAUUGUUGAGGCUAUCCAGCAAGGCAAAACAUUGAUAGCUGGAGCUGAGGUCUUCCUGGGGCAUUGGGUAAUUUUCUGCAGUGUUGAAAAGGAUGUGGUCGAUGGCUUUCCAAAUGAACUGCCAGAAGAAUAUAAAAAUAUGUCAUUACUAAAGGGGAGAGCUACUAUGGAUAUGAGGGUCAAGGUCAAGGACAACCCUAACCCGGAUGAAUGCGUAUUUCGCUUAGUGUUGGAUGGCUAUGAUCCAAAGUGGACAGGAGGUAAGAAGAAGUUGUCGUUGACGAGUAUGGGGGCGAAGAAUCUGGUAGUGGCCGGGGAGGAUCUCCUCGUAGUGACUCAGUACGUGGUUGAUGCAUUUGACCUUGAUGGUUUGUAUGUUGAUGGUAAUACGCCGUAUUUCUGCUCCGAGGAACUCGGCUUUCCGAGUGUGACUGUUGAUUUUGAUGUUCAUAAAUAUGACCCUGAGGAUGGGGAACUUAAGUAUGUGGAAGGGUCUUUGGGUGGUUGGGCUCUUUUUGUCGGCCUCCACAGCCAUGCAGUUGCGUUGCCCGCGGCUGACUUCCCCGAGCUCAAACCCAAUUCCAUUUACUUCACAGAUGCAAUGUCAGAAGCGUCGUUUGAGGAGUGUAACAAUUGGCUAACUGGUGGCCAUGACAUUGGCAUCUUCGAUUAUGACAACAAGACUGUGUCGCCAUGCUAUUUUCCAUGUAAUCCUAAGAACAUGAGAAAGACUUAUCCAGCGCCUAUGUGGUUCUUCCCAACUCGUCAAUGA